ACACGACAACAAUACUAAUAGUUAAGCUUUAGCUUUUGAUCCACUAUGAGUCAAACCCUCUAACAAGAAUAAACCUAUAAAACUACCUAAGUUUCACUUUAAUUAAUAGGUAGUUUGGUUGAGAAUACGAAACAAUGACAGCCGAAGCGUUUAAAGAUAGUGAAGAAUUGAUAGAACAGCUCUGUAUUAAACUAGAAGAGUUAAGACAUGGCAAGAAAUAUGAAAAAACGAAAAAGUUCUCUACCACUUUACCUAAUGAUGAAAGUAAGACAGUAGAUAGUUGGAAGUUUGUAGAUUGGGCGUAUGGAAGGAAUGAUGUCACUUUACCUAUAAAUGCUCGAGGAUUAUUUACCAUUGAUAAUAAGGCUAUAGCCGUGAGAGGAUAUGAUAAAUUUUUCAAUAUUGAUGAAUUAGAAAGAACUAAAAAGCCUACAAUUAUUAAGAAUACUAAAGGGCCAUAUGAAGUCACCUUGAAAGAAAAUGGUUGUAUUAUUCUUAUAGGAGGGUUACCUAAUGGAGAUUUAUUGGUAUGUUCCAAGCAUUCAGUGGGUGUCAGAAAGGAUGUUGAUAGAAAUCAUGCGAUGUUUGGCCAUUCUUCUGUACUAAACCAGUUAAAAGAAGUCGGUAAGACUGAAAAGGAACUUGGACAAUAUCUCUAUGAUCAUAACCUUACAGCUGUAGCGGAGUUAUGUGAUGAUGAAUUUGAAGAGCAUGUUUUACCUUAUGGUAGAGAUAAAGCUGGAUUAUAUCUUCAUGGAUUGAAUUACAAUACAAUUAAAUUUAAAACUAUCCCAAUUGAUGAAGUGACUGAAUUUGCAAAUGAAUGGGGUUUCAAAUCAGUAGAAUCUUUUAAAUUCGAUGAUGCAUCGACAUUCUUUAAUUUCUUUGAAGAAUGUUCAAAAACUGGAACUUAUAACGAUAGGGAAGUAGAAGGAUUCGUUAUUAGAUGUAAAGAUCUAAAUGAUGAUGAUUUCUUCUUUAAGGCCAAAUUUGAACAGCCAUAUUUGUUAUAUAGACAAUUCAGAGAAGUCACAAGAAAGGUAUUCAUAGAAGAUAAACCAUUCUAUCAAAUUCAUUUAUCAAAGAAUAGGUUCAUCACUAAACAGUACAUAAACUUUGUUCAAGGGCUAUUUGAAAAUCAACCAGAAUUAAAGGAUCAAUUUGCUAGAAAUCUCGGAGUCAUUAAGUUAAGACAAUUAUUCUUAGACAACUUGAAUGAAAAACAUGGAAUUAAUUUACUUAAUUUAGAUAAAUUGAGUGAACAAAUUACCGUAGCAAAUCCAACAGAUAUUACCAAAUAUGUUAUUGUACCUAUAGCAACUAUUGGAUGUGGGAAAACGACGGUGUUUCAAACAUUAUUGGAAUUAUUCCCAUCAUGGGUUCAUUUACAAAACGAUAAUAUUGGGAAGAGUUCAAAAGUUAAAAUUGUGGAAAGAACUGUAUUCCAUUUGAAUGAGGAUACUACAUCUGCUGUUUUAUUCGAUAGAAACAAUAGUGAGUAUAGAGAAAGAAGACAAAUAUUUACAGAUUUCGAAACAUAUACUAAAAGGAUGCAAGAAGAACCAUUUGUUGUUAAAUUCAUUGGAUUAGAUUUCAUAGGAAAUAAGGAUAAAUCCUAUGUUAAGCAGAUAACGUAUGAUAGAGUCAUGAAUCGAGGUGAUAAUCAUCAAUCAAUUAAGAGUUCUUCCAACCGAGAAACUGCCAUUAAAGUUCUUGAUAAUUUCAUUCAUCGAUUCCAAGCAGUAGAUGUGACUAAACCUCCUGAUAGUCAAUUUGAUACCAUGAUUCAUUUAAACUUAGAAGCAGAAUCUUCAUUAGAAAAUGUUAACUUAAUACUUUCUGAAUUGCAUAAACUUUAUCCUUCAUUGAUUGAAACUAUUCCUCUGCAACAAUCAAUAGAAGCAGCAUUUAAAAAGGCAAUUGAAUAUAAGCCAACAUUCACUAAAAAGAUGGAUCAAUUUAGACAAGUGGAUUAUUAUGCAUUUAAUGUAGAAAGAGAGCCAGUACUUGAAGUUAUUGAACUGAUAUUACAAUCAAAUGAUCAAUGGCAAAAAUUAAAAGAAUUACAAAGAGUACAAGGUGAAUUUCAUGUUACUUUAGGUCAUGUAUCAGCCAAUAAGGAUAAAGAAGCCAAGCCUCUAUGGAAAGCAUUAACUAAGAGAUUCCCCUCUAAACAUCAGUAUGAUGAUCAUAAUGUAUUAAACUACUAUGGAGAUAUUAAAUUACUAAAGGUAGUCAUUAACAAAGAUAAGCUCAUAUGUAUAUUAGUUGAAUUAUUAGAUGUAUUUAUGGUUAAUCGAGUUGAUCCCAUAGAAAAAGUAAUUCCAUCUAACAAAUAUUUACAUAUUACUGUGGGAACAUUUAAUGAAAAGAUUUAUGCUUAUCAAUCUAAUAUAACUUUACGAGAUUUAUUUAAAUCGGGAGAUAUAGAUUAUGAACUAAAUGAUGGAGUAUAUAGUGCAGACAAUGGAGAUGUGAUGGAAGUUAUUAACUUCUCCACGCCACCAGUGUUUAAAAAUAAUUGGUUACAUGCCCAUUUUUAGAAUUAUAUAAUAUAAUAUAAAUGAUCGUAAUUGAUUACUUAAUGAGUCAAUCAUCACCACAAUCA